AUACAUAAAUAAUCACUGCGAAACCAAUCCUCAACUAAACAUCAGAACAAACUUUUUCAAGAAAGAUGGCCAACGGUCUUGGACAGCGAUCAGUCCUAUUAAAUGUUCUUGUCGUCCAUGGAGUGCUUCUUUGGUUCAGCCUCCACACGGUCAGUUGUCGCGUUAUCCCGUGCCAACCGCGUGACGGAUCGACAGGUGGCAUUAUCUCCGUGAUUCUUCGUGUUAGACGCUUCGUGAACGAGUCCGUGAACUUUCGUCGUGACCCUCCACGACCGCUAUCGAAGCCGUUUUAUCACACAAUACCCAGUGAUGGAAAAGUACAUCACUUUAACAGUAACCUAAAAGUAACGUUUCUCGGGAAGGAUGUUUGCGUCUCGACGAUAAAAAAAACGGUAGUGGAUGAAAAAGGAGCCAAUGAGAAUAAACAAUACUCGUGCGAACGCGUUUGUUUUGGUCUCGGUGAACGUGUGAACCUGGUAACUAAUUCCUCUUCUGGUGGUCGCCUAUGGCGUAAGAGGAUGUGUUGUGUAAGAAAACAAGAAAUAUUUCUGCAGCUUGAUGCAAUGACUGCGGGUCCAAAGUGCCUCACAUGUCAAGGAAGAAUGUGCCACAGAGAUCUCGUGACGAUCAAGCAAUGUCCACCCGGAGAUAAAUGCUUAGCCAUUACCUUGAAAAAAACAGAAAGCGCAGUAAAGACGAACUCAAGCGUUCUGCCGCUCAUGUUGGGUUGCUCUAGUGAUGACGGAUUGAGAGGUUACUCCUGCAAGGAUCAAUGUCGCCGAGAAGUGGAACUUGUGGGGUCUGGGGCGAGACGCAUCUGCGUCCGUUGUUGCACUGGUAACGAGUGUAACAAAGUUGGAUCUUCCAAGAACGAAACUGAAAUCUCUGUCAUGAAAGCUGGAGCCCAGGAUUCUCAACUGUCGGAGACUGUUAAUGGAGGGUCUCGUUACAAGGGUGAUAAGCUGUUAGUAACAGUUGGAUUAAUCGUUGUCCUUUGGUUAUCCUUGAACAAAAUUGUGUCAUAAACUGAGAUUAAUACUCCGCUUGCGAAACAAACAAGGAGAAAUUCUAAGUCAAGUUUUGCAAGCAGUACCGGUUUGAAUUGGUUUUAGUUCAUUGCUCUCUGACAUAAGUCUCGAAAAUGUGUCUGACUCUCAGAGAUUUAGAUACAAAACUAGAACCGAUUGUGACUUGGUUCCACGCACCAUCCCCCAAUUUACGAUUGGUGUAGAAAACUCGAGCCCGCCCCACAACCAAUCAGAUGCAGAUCUAAUUUAAUCGGGAUUUGGCUAUCUGCGUUUUCCCACGCCUAUCACGGUUUUCGUGCACUUGCUUAAAAUAAUUUAUCGUUGCCCUCUUUUUGCGCCAGAGAUUUUGAUCUGAUUGGUUAUGUUUAGUAUUUCUGGUUUUCAUUUCACGGCACUCGGUCGAAGAGUACGCUUAUAAUUAAUCUUUAACCCGAAUGUAGAAUCCCUGUAUUUAUAUGCCUGUUAAUAUCACGAGUUAUAAAAUAUCAACCUUUAAUUGUUGUGUUUACAUGCGAAUGAGUAACAUCUGAAAUGCAAUUAAUCAUGCUUGUUGUGUGUUUAUAAUGUAAUAUAUAGAAGGAUUCUUGUAAUAUAGAGAACCUGUACAUUUCAGUUCUUCGUUGUUAACUAUUUACAAAAUAAAGUGAUUUUACAAAAUAGUCGCCUUCUGUAACUGUAAAAAAUAAUUAGACCACAGGAAGGAGCCUUAAACGAUAACUUCGUUUUUACGAGACAGCGCCAUUAUACCCCAUAGUAAGAGUCACUCCGCAGACACAAGUUGUUGACUCAUAACUUGUCUUCAUCUUGCGGCUGAAUAGCGGAAGUUUAAUUUUAGGCCCGUGCUCUCCUCAAAAGUGUGCUGUUUAGGGACACAAUAGGUGAAACGCUGUUUUUGCUUGCCUCUCCCGGCCGGGGCAAAAGCUUCCACCCCAUUACUGCCCCUCUUGCUUUCCUUUCUUCGAAAUCCUCCCAACUAACGAGGGAUUUGGAUAGCUAAGGAGCAUUUUAAUCGUCGUUCUGAUGCCGCUCAGCAAACUUGCGUAGAGCUUUGUCGUACUCUUCUGUGGUUUUUCUCAUCUUUUCUUGCUCUUCGGUCAGUUUUUGGCUUUGAAGAAUCGACCCAGACUUUGACUUUUUGGAUUGUGCCCUUCGGAAGGCUACCAUGCCUGCAAGAGCCCUUCCUCCUUUUGAUCCAGGCCUUUCGCAGAGAGUGCAAUCCACUUUAUGCGGAUCACCAUUUAUACCUCCCAGCGGUAUUCCAUGAAUGCA